GAUGGUCGCCCACUGCCUGUGGAUAUGCUUGUCAUCGCCGUGGACAUCAUCAAUAUUGAAUGACCAGGUGGUCGCUGCGGCCGGAGUCGAUCGCGUGGAUGUCGCUAUCGACAACGUCCGCUACCUCGAGCGCUACGACUUCACCGCGGACAACGACCCCGAGAAGUGGUGGAGAGGUCGGGAGGUCAACAUGCACGGGACGAUCGUCAAUCUCAACAACGCUGGUGCCGUCGGGCUCCUGCCACGGUACUCGCCGUACUCGAUUUUAAAGCUUGCGAUCCUGCGUUUUGCGGAGUGGAUCAACGUUGAACAUGAUGACAUGGACGUCCUAGCGUACUCGAUCCACUCAGGUGUCAUUUGAAACCGACAUAUCCGUGCGUCUGUCGCCGGAGAUUCAGGCUACCGGGGUGUUUGUCGACACGCCCCAGCUGGCAGCGCGUACUCUGCUCUGAC